AUGCAUUCGGAUAUUCAAUAUUUGACUGUGAGCGUUUUCGAGCUAUUCUCCCUACCUUUUGCGGGCUUCUUGUUGCGACAAUUUGGCAUCAGCAUUAAUAUACUCUUCAGUGCCGUACAAUUCAUUAACAAUCGCAUAAAAGUAGGUACAGCGGAUGCUAUUAUAGGUACACUACUGAUUGUACUUUUCUUUACGGAUGCUCUGUUGCUGAUUUCGUGGGUCAACAGGGUUGUGCAUGAAUGUAAUUUAUCCGCGGAGCUGCUACGCGAAUGUACCACUAUAGUCAGUGGCUGUAAACACCAGGAAGAGCUGAAGCAGCAGCUGGAGUUUUUGGCUCUGCGUCUCAGUUGUCAUCGUCUGCGUUAUAAGGUUUUCGGUCUUUUCAAAUUCAAUCGUAAAGAGUGUCUGAACGGUUUAUUUGCCAUUUCUAUUUAUAUAACG